UUGAAAUAAAUGUAAUUUCACAGACCGAUUUAAUAGUCAGUCUGCAAUGAGUUGCCGAUAGAGACUCAUCCAUUUUGGAUUUAUAAGAGCUUUGAAUAGAGUGGAAGAUUAUUUUUGAAGGCGUUUUUCUCGCGUGUGUUGGUCAAUUCUUGGCUUAAUCUAUUUGGCUGUUGAUUGUGUAUAUAUACAAAUUGUUGCUGGCAAACAGCUGACUCUUUUGCAUGUGAAGAGAUAUAAAGGAGAAAAGAAAAGAAGCAGUUUUGUUGAAAGGCGAACCAUAAGGCAGUUCGCAACAAGAUAUCGCGUCUUGCCGCAUCCGCGAUCAGUUGCUCGUCAAUAUUUGCAGUGAAAAGAAGAGAUUUCUCUACGAUCGUCAAGGCAUCGUCUCUCAUCUCCAAAAUCAAUAUUCCAAAAAGAAGUAUUACGAAGAAGUGACUUUUUUUUCUCAAUUUUAGUUAUUUUUUUGUUCAUUGGACACUAUGUGAGUGAUAUUUCUUGCUACAAUUCCUCAUUUCUUACAACAACAUAACAAAAAAAAAAUACUAAUGUGAGAGUGAUCGCGCAAGUGCUUCCAGAAAGUUCCUAAAACAAAGUGAUAUAGCAAUUGAUGCAUGUGACGACAAUAUUUUCGAUUAGUGAUAUAUUUUCUUGUUCAAUAUUAAAAGGACUUUGCUUCAACUCAGCAAAACUGAUAGUCAAUUACAGUCUAUUUGUAUCUUGUUAAAAAGUUAUUUGAGAGUCUUGUGAAAAACAUUGCGUCAUUGGACAUCUUUACAAGUCAAACGGAAUUGCACGUGAAGAAACUCACUUAAGAGUUGAAGGAGGUGAGAGAUGCCAGAAGAGAAGGUCCAGGGUAAAAUCUCUGAGCCACUGAGCAAGGGGGAGAAGAUUGAGCUAUUUGAGGAAGAUGAAUUAAUCUUUGGCAAUGCCACAAAAAAGAAGUUUUCACCUGUUUGGCGACAGGUAUGGGCAGCUGCAGGAUGUAUUUUUGCAACAAUUUCCGCCGGGAUGACCUCUGGGUAUUCCGCCACGCUCUUGCCACAGUUGCAGGCUAAUGACAGUGAAAUCAUUAUUACCCACGAUGAAUCCACAUGGAUAGCAUCAAUGGCAGCUCUACCAAUGGCUGCAGGCUGCCUAAUGGCCGGCUAUAUGAUUGAGCUGUUUGGACGAAGGAUGUCUCACCUGAUACUAUGCGUGCCUUUUGUGGUGGGCUGGGUGAUGAUCGGGAUGGCACGUACAAUUGUGUGGAUCCUGGUGGGGAGAUUUUUGACGGGGCUGUGUGUGGGAUUACUGGGCCCUGUAGCAGCUGUGUUCAUUGGGGAGACGAGUGGCCCCAAAUAUCGAGGUAUUCUCUUAGCUGCCAUUUCCCUGGCCAUAGCCGUGGGAAUCUUAAUAGCUCACAUCAUAGGGACAUUUUUGAAUUGGAAGGUUACGGCAAUUAUUUGUGGAAUAUUUCCGCUGCUGUGCUACAUUGUGGUCUUCUUCGUACCUGAAAGUCCAUCGUGGUUGCUGUCCAAGGGUCAGGUAUCCAAGGCGACAGAUGCUUUUUUCUGGCUCAGAGGUUACGAUGAGGAGUCAAUUGCUGAACUUAAGAGUCUGAUAAAGAAGUACCAAAUGGCAGAGAAUCAGAAGACAACGUGGAGAGAAACGUUGGAGAGGAUAAGACAACCAACAUUUUGGAAACCUCUGGCCAUUUUAUUGGUAUUCUUCUUCACAUUGCAGUUCUCCGGUGUGAAUACUGUUGCAUUUUAUUCUGUGACCAUCAUGAAGGAUACACUGGGAGAUGGAAUAAAUGAGUAUCUGGCUAUGAUCAUAUUGGAUAUUGUCAGGACAAUUAUGUCAGUACUGGCGUGUAUUCUCCUGAGAAUUGCCGGGAAGAGGCCUCUGUCCAUUUUUAGUGCCUUUGGAACGGCAAUUUCAAUUUUUGGUUUAUCAGGAUUUCUCCUGCUGGCACCACCAAACUCUUCAUCGCUCGCCUGGAUACCACUGGUUUGCCUGGUUAGCUAUAUUUGCUUCGUCAGUAUUGGCUUGAUGCCCAUCCCGUGGUGCUUGACUGGAGAAAUGUUUCCACUGUCGGUUCGGGGAAUUGGAUCUGGAGUUUCUUCAGCUUUCAACUUCCUCACGUUCUUUGUGGUGGUCCAGACGGGACCCUAUAUGUUCCGCAGCUUCACUACUCCCAUCACUUUCGCCAUCUACGGUGCUGUGGCCUUCUUCGGUGGUAUCUUCCUAAUCUUCUUCCUGCCGGAGACACGCAAUAAAACUCUUCAGGAUAUCGAGGAGAUUUACAUGAGAAGAAAAGACAAAACUCAACCAUGAGAUGAUACUUAGUAUGUGUGUUUUAGUCACAUUCUUUCUUGACUCUAGCGUACAACGAAAAAUACAGUGAUUUUUUAUUUUACAAUAAAAAAAAGCGAGAUUUUUUAUUUAUAAAGCCCCUUCAUCAGCUAUCAAUCAUUCCCCGCAAUUUCAAGCAUGAGUGAUUUUUUCAUUCAUGCACCUUCAUAACAUAAAUUUUUUUCCCAGUUGAAGAAGAUGUUUUAGAACACGAAACGCGGCUCUGAGACUGCGCGAAGAGUUCUAGCGAUUGAUAAAAUUCGCGGAAUUGCCCGUGAAACUGUUCAGAGAAGGUGAAUAACACGUAGGGGUCAUGUUAAAAGUGUCUACGGUUUUCUAUGCAAACAAGAAUUUGGCACAUAAUCACUCGUGUGGACAUUGAACAUGUGGAAGGCAGUCUUCAAGGCUACACCGCCAGAGAUUUUUGCCACAACAUAAGAAUUUCUUCCCAAGAAAGUUCUCACGAUGCUCAUCAGCAAUUUCAUUGCCUUCAAGGUCACUUAUUGAUCUCUUAAAUUUUCGGAAAUACCCAAAACCCGUUUAUAAAUUAACAUUUUCAUGUUUUUACGACUUUUACAAAACACUAUGACUAAUAAUUUUCAUUAAAAAAAAAAUCGCGUGAACUAAAAAUAAAAAUUGGCGAGUUGACUUUAAGCCUCCUCCAUAUUGAUAAAAUCUUAUCAAAUUGGGUGAAUGCUCCGUAAAUAAAGUUCUUUGUAAUAAAUAUAGAGCGGAGGCUAAUUAGAAAAAACAUUGCGAAUUUAAUCCAAUCAAUUGCAUAAAAAAAGGAAAGUAUAACAAUGCAAGAAUUACCAACAAUGCUCACUAAUGAUCAGUGUUGGAGCAUGAAAAUCAACGAAAAAUUGGAUUACUUUUCAGGCUUUUUAGUCGAAGCACUGAAGCAUUUUUAACUGAUUAAUGUAAUGAAACAAAAAGUGAAGAAAUACUCGAUGAAGAUUGCAUUUUGAGUUUUUGCUGGUGAUACUUAUCAGUUAGAGAUGAAGCGUAAUGCGGAAAGGUCAUUGAGCUUUUGUGGACGGUUAUCUUCUAUUUUGAUGAUUUUCCCUCGAAAAUUUCAGCUGAAACUGUUCUGAUAUCAAACUAAAUGGUGCAAACACAUCAACAUUGAACUACUGCACGCUAGGGGAACUGUGCCAAAUUUCGGACAAGCUGCUUAACCCAUUCAGUCAAUUUACUAGAAAUAAAU